GUGAUGGACUCAUGUGAUGGACUACAGUGAUGGACUCCAGUGAUGGACUCAUGUGAUGGACUACAGGGAUGGACUACAGUUAUGGACUCAUAUGAUGGACUCCAGUGAUAGACUCAUGUGAUGGACUCAUGUGACGGACUCCAGUGAUGGACUCCAGGGAUGGACUCAUGUGAUGGACUACAGGGAUGGACUCCAGUGAUGGACUCAUGGGAUGGACUCCAGUGAUGGACUCAUGUGAUGGACUACAGUGAUGGACUCCAGUGAUGGACUCAUGUGAUGGACUACAGUGAUGGACUCCAGUGAUGGACUCAUGUGAUGGACUCAUGUGAUGGACUCCAGUGAUGGACUCAUGUGAUGGACUCAUGUGAUGGACUCCAGUGAUGGACUCAUGUGAUGGACUCAUGUGAUGGCCUCAUGUGAUGGACUCAUGUGAUGGACUCAUGUGAUGGACUCCAGUGAUGGACUCAUGUGAUGGACUACAGGGAUGGACUCCAGUGAUGGACUCCAGUGAUGGACUCAUGUGAUGGACUACAGGGAUGGACUCCAGUGAUGGACUACACUGAUGGACUCAUGUGAUGGACUACAGGGAUGGACUACAGGGAUGGACUACAGGGAUGGACUCAUGUGAUGGACUACAGGGAUGGACUACAGUGAUGGACUCCAGUGAUGGACUCAUGUGAUGGACUACAGGGAUGGACUCAUGUGAUGGACUACAGGGAUGGACUACAGUGAUGGACUCCAGUGAUGGACUACAGGGAUGGACUACAGUGAUGGACUCCAGUGAUGGACAGGUCUCCUCCCCCUGUCUGAUCUGGGACCUGUGCGCUCAGCCAGCACGUCCUCACCCAGCAGAGCCGCUGCUGCCAACUAUCACACAGCCGCCGCCGUUAUUUUGGACAAAAGGCUCGUAAAUAAUUGCGCGCAGAAGUGAGUUCGCGUGUGUGUCCGGGAGAUGGAAUCAGCCAGACGCGCUCACCGGGGGAUUAUUGGUUCCGUCGGAACACAGAAGUCGGUGUGAAACGGCUCCGAUCGGAGCCCAAAGAGACAGACGACAUGGCAAAAGUCGGCUGUGUGAAGUCCUUCUCCACCAGGCAGCGGCCGGCCUCCAACAGGCCCGAUGACGAGCUCGCCGUCAUCGAAAAUGGAGACAGCAGGGCCGCGUCUCUUUGUGAAGACAACUCAGAGACGGCGUUGUCUUCAGAGUCCCGCAGAGACUCCUUCACAGGCACCGGGGCGAUGGCCAGGCUCUCUUACUUCUUCUUCAUGCUGUGGAACUGGACGUCCCACAGAGUAAACCCCGAAACAGAGCGGCACGACUCUUUCCUUGAACGCUUCAGAGGCCCCGAGCUCAAAGAUCUCUCCAGCCGAGAGAGCAAUGCUCAGUCUGUGGGCCAAAACGACUCGACCCGGAAGAGGAAUCUUGCCAGUAAGUGGCCACUAGCUACUUACAACAUGAAUAACUGCAACAACACAGACGACAAAAAAGAGGAGAUUAAAAAGGAGGAGAAAAAAGAGGAUGAGAAGAAAGACGAGAAGAAAGACGAAGAGAAGAAGGAUGAGAAGAAAGAGGAGAAGAAGGAGGAGAAGAAGGAUGAUAAAAAGGAUGAUAAGAAAGAUGAUAAAAAGAAAGAGGAGCCACCGAAAGAAAUCUGGAUUAUGGAUCCAGCCGCAGACCAGUACUACAGAUGGCUGACCAUCAUCGCAGGCCCGGUAUUUUAUAACCUCAUGAUGAUUGUUACAAGAUCCUGUUUUAACGAACUCCAGGAAACAUAUACGCGCCUCUGGCUCUUCUUGGACUACACCACAGACAUCAUCUACUUCACCGAUACGUUCGUCAGAUCAAGAACAGGUUACCUGGAACAAGGCCUGCUGGUGAAAGAUGCCACAAAACUGAGAAAUAAAUACAGAACAACAUCUCAGUUCAAAUACGACAUGAUUUCGAUGAUACCCACCGAUCUGCUGUUUCUGAAGUUUGGAUACAACAACCCAGAGUUCAGAUUUAACCGUCUUUGCAAAAUCUCGAGGCUUUUUGAGUUCUUCGAGCGGACUGAAACCAGAACCAGCUUCCCAAACAUGUUUCGUAUCAGCAAUCUUGUACUCUACAUUCUCAUUAUUAUCCACUGGAAUGCUUGUAUGUUCUUUGCCAUUUCGAAAACCAUUGGUUUUGGAACCGACACGUGGGUGUAUCCCAAUAUCAGCCACCCAGAGCACGGCCGCUUGGCCAGAAAGUACAUCUACUCCCUGUACUGGUCCACCUUGACCCUUACCACCAUCGGAGAGACCCCUGCUCCAGUCCAGGAUAUUGAAUUUGUCUUUGUCAUUGCCGACUUCCUCACGGGCGUGCUGAUCUUUGCUAGUAUUGUCGGUAACGUCGGUGCCAUGAUUUCCAACAUGAACGCCUCCCGGGCCGAGUUCCAGGCGAAGAUCGACUCCAUAAAGCAGUACAUGCAGUUCCGAAAGGUCACCAAAGAACUGGAGGCCAGGGUCAUCAAGUGGUUUGACUACCUGUGGACUGAGAAGAAGACCUGUGAUGAGAAGGAAGUGUUAAAGAACCUUCCGGACAAGCUCAAGGCCGAGAUUGCCAUCAACGUCCAUUUGGACACGCUGAAGAAAGUUCGUAUUUUCCAGGACUGCGAAGCCGGUCUGCUGAUUGAGUUGGUGCUCAAGCUGCAGCCACAAGUCUUCAGUCCUGGCGAUUACAUCUGCAAGAAGGGGGAUAUCGGCAGGGAGAUGUACAUCAUCAAGGAGGGGAAGCUGGCCGUGGUGGCCGAUGACGGGGUCACUCAGUUCGUGGUGCUCAGCGAUGGCGCUUACUUUGGGGAGAUCAGCAUCUUGGGCAUCAAGGGCAGUAAAGCAGGAAACAGGAGAACGGCCAACAUCCGCAGCGUAGGUUACUCCGAUCUCUUUGCCCUGUCUAAAGACGACCUGAUGGAGGCUCUCACCGAGUAUCCAGAUGCCAAAAAGGCUCUGGAGGAGAAGGGCAAAGCCAUCCUGAUGAAGGACAACCUGAUCGACGAGGCGAUCGCCAACGCCGGCGCCGACCCCAAAGACCUGGAGGAGAAGAUCGUCAAACUGCAGGGCAACCUGGAUCUCAUGCAGGGCAAGUUCGCCCAGCUGAUGGCGGAGUUCACCUCCGGCCAGUCCAGGAUGAAGCAGAGGGUCACUGAGAUGGAGGCCAAAGUUAAAUCCAUACAACCCGAGGAUCUGUCAGAAGUGGUCGCCGACAAGGACAAAAAAGUCCAGUGAUGUGAGAGAUACACGAGGACUUCAUGGAAAACUUUUCAUCACGCAAAGUAGAGUCGCUUUUCAAAGGACCAUGUUUAUAUCCGUUUAUACUGUUCACCAUCAUUAUAAUGUGUCAAAUUGUGUACAGUGUAUGCAGCACAUUUAUUUGUGUUUGCUUUGAGAAUAUUUAUAUAUCAUGUGUAUAUAUAUAUAUAUACACACACACACAAACACGCAUAUAUAUUGUGCAUGCAAAAAAAGGCUUUUCAUAGCCUUAGAAUAAAGAGGAAUGUUUUGAACUGCUACAUCCAUUUGAUACGGCCUGUGAAGGUACAAAAUGAAACUCAAAAUGCAGGUCAGUUUGUUAUAAUCAGCAUACACUGUCAGUUGUAAAUUGCAAAGUUACAUGUAAAUAAAAAUGUUGAUAUAACAUAC